UCCAACACUGCCCCUUGGUUCUCUCCCUUUGAAUCUCUGUCUGUCUCUCUAAGUUAGAGAGUCCUUCCGUACCAUCAAUGGCGUUCGUGUCGUUCCUAGGCAGAGUGCUCUUCGUUUCUGUCUUCGUUCUCUCUGCUUGGCAAGAGUUUAAUGAAUUCGGUGUUGAUGGUGGGCCGGUCGUGAAGUACCUAAGGCCGAAGUUCAAUGUUUUCUCAAAUCACGUGUUGAUCCACACUGGGCAGCAAGUGCCAGACUUUGAAAUCAAAUAUUUAGUUGCUGCUGCCAUAGCCAUGAAGGGUCUUGGAAGCCUUUUAUUUAUCUUUGGCAGCGCUUGUGGUGCUUAUAUUCUGCUUCUGUUUCAGCUCAUUGCUACACCCAUCUUAUAUGACUUCUACAACUAUGACGUUGACAAGAAAGAGUUUGCUCAACUUUUCAUCAAGUUUACACAGAAUUUGGCACUGUUGGGGGCAUUGCUCUUUUUCAUUGGCAUGAAGAAUUCCAUUCCGAGGAGAUCACUCAAGAAGAAGGCUCUCAAAACAAAGACAACCUGAGAAGGAAUCGUUAGGGUUCAGUUUUUGAUGGGCACAUGAUAUUUGCAACACCAAAGUGCUUCUGGAUAUGAUCCAGGACAGUUUUGUGGGCUUGUAUUUAGGCUUCACAGUCAUGUUGUUCUUUGUUUUCUUCUCCUUUUGGCAGAAAUUUACUUUAUUUAUUUAUGUUGAUUGGGGCGUGACUACGAUGAUCUACUUGUAGUAGCUUUUGGAAAUUUUGCAUCAAGAGAUUAUAAUCCAUUAAAAAGUAGGGUUUUACUAUGGUGAUUUCCGUUAUUUUCCA